CUACGGCGCGCCAUUUGUGACCAAGAGCAUAAAGCGCGGAGUGCUACAGUAGGAACAACGUCCAAGGAAUUUCAUGGAUCCUUAAAAAUAUCAUUUUUUUCAUUAAGAGCAGACAGCAAAAUGGACAAUCUAAAGAGAAAAUUAAGGUCUGGAAAGGAGAUUUCAAAAGACAAUGGGCAAUCUAAGAACAACGCCAGCAAUGGCGAGACAGAAGAUGUUACAACUCCACCUAAACAGAUUAAAUCUUCAAAUGACCCAAAAAAAGGAUCUGUUGAAGAAAAGAGCGAAUUUGCUGUGACCGCUAUAUCAGAGAACAAGUCUGUUUUGACAGAGUCUAAUGAACAUGGUUCUGCAGAAGUAACUGAUGCUUUGGUUUGUUCGCUUUGCAGUUUUGUAGCAAAAACUCAAACUGCACUAAAAAUUCACUCAAAAAGGAAACAUUCCCAUAAAGGAGAUUUGCAUGUUAAAAGUGUCUCUAAAAACAGUUCUGAUACACUGAUUGCAUCCGAGAAUAAUUUUGUGCAAAAGACGGAAUUGCAAGAAACACUGCUUUCAGAGCCACAACUGAAAAAUACUUCAGUGUCAAUAUCAGAGGAAGCGGCUUCUGACAAACAAUCAGAUGAGUGCAUAGUUUUAACAGACAACAAACAUUCACAUCAGUCUUUAGCUGUCAUAUCAGAGAAGACUUGUAGUACCUCUGAGGAUGGAAGAACCAGUCCCACCCAGAUGCUGCUGGAAAUGGUCGAGCCCACUGCAUGUAGUGAUAAUGCAGGUUGCAGUUUUCACAUUGAAAAUAAAGAACACAGUGAUAUAAAUGAAAAUGAUAACAACUAUAUAAGUCAGACUAAAGAAAUAAACUACUUCUGCAAGUGCUGCAGCUAUUCUUGUGUUGCAAAGUGUGAUUAUGAAAAGCACUGCCUGAGCAAUAAGCACAAAAGAAAGAUGUUAGUGCAACAGGACUCAUUACAAGCAAAGAAGACAAUGCCUCCAGAAUCAGUUUCUCCUCCACCUGCUAUACAAAUGAGGACAAAUUCUGCAGGAAGCUGGUCACAGCAUCAGUGUGGGACAUGCACCUUCACAGCUGACAGCUCAGUAAUGUUGGCGCAACACAUUAAAAUUCAACAUCCUGUAGAGCACCGUUUUCACUGUAAGGCAUGCCAUUACUACACAGCCACCAAAGAAUCUAUGGAAAUGCACCUGUCGGAAGAAACCCACCAACAGCUGGCCAAAAAGCAAAAUAUAAGUCCUUUAUUUAAAGAUUGUGUUGAAAAAAUCUCUGUAAUUCUCUCAGAUGAACAAGGAAAGAAUGCAGAAAUAAUUAAUAAACAGUGCUCUGAUAAAGUGGUGGAUGAUUCAGGUGUUUUAACAGAGCCACCUGAGAAUAUAAGACAAGGCUCCUUUAACAAACGGAAGCGAGGUAGACCUAAGACUGUUAACCUGACUGUUUGUAGCCAUUGUGGGCUUGUAGCUUCCAAUGCCACCAACCUUAGUGUGCAUAUACGGCGCAGGCACAGUCGGAUGUACAGCUUUGUUUGUAAGCUAUGCAGCUACUACUGUGUGACCAAAGGUGACAUGGACCGUCACUGUGAAACCAAAAAGCACAUCAACAAAAUGCAAGCAGCUGGAAGUGAAGGCACUGGGGUGGUUCUACUAAAUGAUGAGCCGCCAGGUCAAACAAAGGAAGAUGAGGCAGAACUGACAGAAAAAUUUGCAGAAAUUGAGACAACUAUUGGUGACAUGGAUGAAAAUCAUUCCAGUCUACCUUGUAACAAAAACAAGGAUCAGUUGGUGAACUCUUGUUCUCAGUGUGACUUUGUUGCUCACUCAGCACUAUCUCUUGCCCUUCAUGUGCGACGUAGGCACACGAAAGAUUUUGAGUUCGUCUGUGUAGCAUGCAGCUACUACACUGUAACUCGCAGAGAGAUGUUUCGGCACGCAGCGACAGAAAAACACAAGCAGAAACGUAAGAGCUAUCUGGAGAGACAGAAGCAAAACUCCAGUGAAAGUUUGCCUGAUCAGAUGUCAGCGAAAAUUGAGCGGACUUGCGAUGAGACACACUUAGGAUCUGAACCAUACUCUGACAAUUCUGACCCAACAGCUGCAAGCACCAUAACUACAAAGUGUUCAAUAGCAGAUGAUGAGAAUAAUUCAGAUGAACAAGCAAAACAGCAGGCUUUAGAGAUUGCAUCCAACGAGAACAAAGAGUCAGCAACUAACCCUAUUGAGUCAGCUGUGUCUUAUACAGUCCAGUUAAUGACAACAGAGAAAGAUGAUGUGCCAGGGGAGACGGAGGAAGAAAGCAUGUUUGAAGAGGAUGACUUGGGAGAUGGUAGUCCCUCCAAAGAAAAACUAAUCCGCAGAGAGCUUCCAUUCGAUGCGUGCAUCUUUUCCUUAAAAGCCAUAAAAGUGCAUGAACAGGUGUCACUUGACAGAGAUCAGAUUACAGACCAAUCACAAAAGCAGGUUGUCAGAAAGUCUAAAACACAAGUUGGACUUGAGACAAAGACCACAAUGCCAAACCCAUGUAUCCGCUGCGAGGACUGUGGAUUUUUGGCGGAUGGACUAAGUGGCCUGAAUGUCCAUAUUUCAAUGAAGCAUCCAUCCAAGGAGAAGAAUUUCCAUUGCCUGCUCUGUGGGAAGUCUUUUUACACUGAAAGUAACCUCCAUCAGCACUUGAGCAGUGCGGCACAUGUGCGCAAUGAGCAGGGAAGCAUUGAGGACCUUCCAGAAGGUGGCGCUAGCUUCAAAUGUGUUAGAUGCAAUGAGCCAUGCAAAACAGAGCAGGAUCUGUUCGUGCACAUUAAAGAGAAGCACGAGGAAAUGCUAAAAGAAGUAAACAAAUACGUACUGGAGGAUACCGAGCAAAUUAAUCGAGAGCGUCAGGAGAACCAGGGCAAUGUGUGCAAGUACUGUGGCAAAGUGUGCAAGAGCAGCAACUCCAUGGCUUUCCUAGCUCACAUUCGCACACACACAGGAUCCAAACCAUUCAUGUGCAAGAUCUGUAACUUUGCCACUGCUCAGCUAGGUGAUGCCCGCAACCAUGUCAAGAGACACCUGGGCAUGAGAGAGUAUAAGUGUCACAUCUGUGGAUGGGCAUUUGUGAUGAAAAAACAUCUUAACACUCAUCUUCUGGGGAAGCAUGGACUGGGCCAACCCAAAGAGAGGAAGUUUGAGUGUGACCUGUGUGAACGAAGCUUUAGUGAGAAAUGGGCUCUGAAUAACCACAUGAAGCUGCACACAGGAAACAAGCCAUUUAAAUGCGGUUGGCCCUCAUGUCAUUAUGCAUUCCUGACUCUCUCCGCAAUGAAGGACCAUCACAGAACACAUACAGGGGAGAAGUCUUUCCUGUGUGAUCUGUGUGGGUUUGCUGGUGGCACCCGUCAUGCCCUGACAAAACACCGUCGCCAACACACAGGUGAACGACCAUUCAAAUGUCAGCUGUGCAACUUUGCAUCAACCACACAGUCCCACCUGACACGCCAUAAGCGUGUACACACGGGUGAGAAGCCCUACCGUUGUCCCUGGUGUGAUUACAGAUCCAACUGUGCAGAGAACAUCCGUAAGCACAUUCUUCAUACAGGCAAACAUGAGGGGGUAUUGAUGUAUAACUGCCCAGUGUGCAGCUAUGCUACCAAUGCCCCAGUGGACUUCAGAAACCAUCUCAAAGAGAUUCAUCCUGACAUUGAAAAUCCAGACUUGGCUUAUCUUCAUGCAGGAAUUGUUUCCAAGUCUUUUGAGUGUCGUUUAAAAGGACAGGGGGCAACCUUUGUGCAAGCAGAAACUUCGUUUGCCCCUGAGGAUGGCAAACUGGGCUCAGAGACAGUUCAGCAGGUCAUCAUCAUUCAAGGCUACACUGAAGGAGAUGUGGCCAUCAAUCAGGCCCUGGAAGAAUCAGCUGCCGCCACUCUACAGACCCUAGCUAUGUCAAGUCAAAUGGGUGAAGUGCUGCACAUAACUGAGGAUGGACAGCUCAUCUCUUCUGGACAAGAGGUUUCCUCGGUGGAGGCCCAGCUCACGGGAGGGCAGAUCCAGAUUCCGGGUACUGCCACCCAGUAUGUGCUUGUGGAGUCAUCCGGAGAGACUGUAGGAAAAAUUAGACAGGAAGGACAGGAAGGUGCAAAAAGUAUGUCUGAGUCUGCUUUAGAUGCUUUGAUUUGUGCUGUUACAGAGUUGGGGCAACAGGACAGUGCUAGAGAGGAAGAGAUUACCACCAGAACCGAUGCGUCAGAACAGACCCCAGAGGAGACUGAUCAGAUCUCCCAGACAGAGAGUCAAAGUGAAGAGCAUGUGUAUGAAAAGGUAAUGGAAUCUGUGGAUGUUGUGGCUGAGGUAGUGGGUUCUGCCCAUGAGCACACAUCUAAGCAAAUGCAAGAGGUGCUACAGUUUGCAGCCAGUCAGCUAAUGCUAAAGGAGGGUCUUACUCAGGUUAUCGUCAAUGACGAGGGAACACAUUACAUAGUCACUCAGCUUGAUGGCUCUACUCUACAGGUAGAGGGCACUAUAGAAGAUCCAUGUGGAGAUGAGACUGUAGUUUACUCAGAAAUCAAUCCAGAGUGAAGGGAUGUCAAUGCAGAUUGUAGAUCAUUUUACUGAAACUAUACUGAACUAGUGGUUGGUGUCUCUUUCCAUGUAUGACCGUUUACUCGGGGUCAUUUUUUGACACUUCUAACUAAGGUUGCUUUUGGAUGAAUUGCUUUAAAGUUUUUAUAAACAGCCACACUCUUGUGAACUAAACCUCUAUCAGAUUCUGAUGUUUUCAUUUUCUGGGAAUAAAAUGCAGAAUAUUUUCUUCUCACAUCCCACUAGAGAGGGCUGCGUUGGCAUAGCUAUUUAAUUAAAUUGCAAAAAAAAUGAACUUUAAAUUUCAAAACCUUUUUCAAGAUUGGUUGCAUUUUGACGGUGCGAAUGUUAAAAUUACUUAUAAAAGUCUUGAUUUACAUAAAAUAAAUGGAAACAUAGAUAUGUUUGUUUGUUUGAUUAAUUGCUUAUCUUUUUUAUUGCCAGACAGCUAGUGACGGUCAGUAGACCUAUAUGAGAGAUCUUUAAGUACAGAUUAAGGAAAUAGUUGUAAAGAUUUUUUUUAAAGCUAAUUAAACAUUUGUCUGUAAAUAUUUUCCAUUAAGUUUGUUGCUGUUUGAGAAUUGGGAUUGCUUUGGUCAUUGUUUGGAGUCUCGUAUUCACCAUUAAACUGAAGCAUUUAAUAAACCUGUUUAUCCAC